AUGGCUGAGAAAGAACAUCGGGAAGACGAUGAUGUACAUCAUCUUGGAUCAUAUCAUAAGAAACAGAAAAUAGCGCGUGAAGGUCAGGAAGGCAUUGAUAACUUGAAUAUCAUCAAAUUAGCCUAUGUUGGUAAAGAAUAUGAUAUUGAUAUUGCAAACAUCUCGGACCUUGAAUUGAGAGCAAUAAAACAUGGAAUAAUACACAAUACUAAAUUUGCUUGUUGGAUUUUUGAAUUAUUUAAACAUAACGAUAUAUAUAAGCUAUGUGGGUAUUGCGUUUCUAAAUUCAUAAGCGUUGAUUAUGUCGACUAUAAAUUGAUAGAAAAAUACAGCCCAGUAUAUUUUAAUUUCCCUGGCGUUUUUUCACGAGAAGUAUAUGAAGAUUUGAGUGAAAAAUACAAAUAUUUAAAAUAUGCUAUGAAAAUUGGUGGAGCAAGUUCAAACACCCAUUGUAUAGAUGAACCAGAGAUAAAUAUGUUUAAAUUUGCUGCAAAGAAGAAUAAAAGAAUGUAUGAUGAAAUACUAGAACAGGCACAGAAGUUGGGUUACUUUAAGAAAUAUUACGAUAUGAAUGGUCAAAUUACUGAUGAGACAAUUACUUUCCGGGACGGGUACAUCGAAAUGAAAUACGACCCCGAAAUUAAUUAUCCAUUUAAUAUUACGUUUUCUGAUUGA